ACUUCAUUUCCCAUGAAGCACUAGAUACGUAAUUUGACGAACAUGAAAAAAUAAGGAAGUAGGACGCAAACAACACUGAAAGUUGAAAUGUAGCGGACGUUAGCUGUCAAGCAAGCGAACAUAGUUUUAUACAAAAAUAUUUAAUAGUGAUACAUAGGGUUUAAGGAACAAAGCUGUGGUCAAAUGGAGGAGAGAAAGCUGAAGCGGAAAAGCCCCAGACCCUCCACAAACCAGCCAGCACCCCCUGCGUCUGCCCGAAAAAAUACCACCUCCGGCAGGGCCCUGCCGUUUGGAUCGCACUCCAGUCAGAAAACCAAGUAUAAGAGAGGUGUACGAGACAAGCCCCGGCCUCCGGGUCCAGCAGGGAAGGCCACCCAAUCAGCCCCUAUCCAGCACUCCUUCCUCACAGAUGUGUCUGAUGUCCAGGAGAUGGAGAAGGGGCUGCUGAGCCUCCUCAACGACUUCCACUCUGGCAAGCUGCAGGCCUUCGGUAACGAGUGCUCUAUCGAUCAGAUGGAGCAUGUGAGGGAAAUGCAGGAGAAGCUGGCCCGUUUGCACUUUGACCUCUAUGGAGAGGUGGACGAGAUGCCGGAGGAGCAACGCAAGGGUGCAAGCGACACCAACAUGGACAAACUUCUGCUCAACCUGGAGGAGCUCAGUUCAUCCAUGGGAGAUGCCAUUAACUGCCUAAAUGACCUUUAACCCCACUGUUCCAGGGGAGAUGCCAUUAACUGCCUAAAUGACCUUUAACCCCACUGUUCCAGGGGAGAUGCCAUUAACUGCCUAAAUGACCUUUAACCCCACUGUUCCAGGGGAGAUGCCAUUAACUGCCUAAAUGACCUUUAACCCCACUGUUCCAGGGGAGAUGCCAUUAACUGCCUAAAUGACCUUUAACCCCACUGUUCCAGGGGAGAUGCCAUUAACUGCCUAAAUGACCUUUAACCCCACUGUUCCAGGGGAGAUGCCAUUAACUGCCUAAAUGAACUUUAACCCCUGUUCCAGGGGAGAUGCCGUUAGCUGCCUAAAUGACCUUUAACCCCACUGUUCCAAGGGAGAUACCAUUAGCUGCCUAAAUUACCUUUAACCCCACUGUUCCAAGGGAGAUACCAUUAGCUGCCUAAAUGACCCUUAACCUUGCUGUGCCCGGGGAGAUAUCGUUAGCUGGCUAAAUGACCCUUAACCUCGCUGUGCCCGGGGAGAUAUCGUUAGCUGGCUAAAUGACCCUUAACCUCUCUGUGCCUGGGGAGAUAUCAUUAGCUGGCUAAAUGACCCUUAACCUCGCUGUGCCCAGGGAGAUAUCAUUAGCUGGCUAAAUGACCCUUAACCUCGCUGUGCCCACGGAGAUUCCAUUAGCUGGCUAAAUGACCCUUAACCUCGCUGUGCCCGGGGAGAUAUCAUUAGCUGGCUAAAUGACCCUUAACCUCACUGUGCCUGGGGAGAUAUCAUUAGCUGGCUAAAUGACCCUUAACCUCGCUGUGCCUGGGGAGAUAUCGUUAGCUGGCUAAAUGACCCUGAACCUCACUGUGCCUGGGGAGAUAUCGUUAGCUGGCUAAAUGACCCUUAACCUCGCUGUGCCUGGGGAGAUAUCGUUAGCUGGCUAAAUUACCCUUGAUCUCGCUGUGCCUGGGGAGAUAUAGUUAGCUGGCUAAAUGACCCUUGAUCUCGCUGUGCCUGGGGAGAUAUCGUUAGCUGGCUAAAUGACCCUUAACCUCGCUGUGCCUGGGGAGAUAUCGUUAGCUGGCUAAAUGACCCUUGAUCUCGCUGUGCCUGGGGAGAUAUAGUUAGCUGGCUAAAUGACCCUUGAUCUCGCUGUGCCUGGGGAGAUAUCGUUAGCUGGCUAAAUGACCCUUAACCUCGCUGUGCCUGGGGAGAUAUCGUUAGCUGGCUAAAUGACCCUUAUCCUCGCUGUGCCUGGGGAGAUAUCAUUAGCUGGCUAAAUGACCCUUAACCUCGCUGUGCCCGGGGAGAUAUCGUUAGCUGGCUAAAUUAACCUUAACCUCGCUGUGCCUGGGGAGAUAUUGUUAGCUGGCUAAAUGACCCUUAACCUCGCUGUGCCCGGGGAGAUAUCGUUAGCUGGCUAAAUUAACCUUAACCUCGCUGUGCCCGGGGAGAUAUCGUUAGCUGGCUAAAUUAACCUUAACGCCCCUU